AUGAGCUUAGACACCAGUGCGAUCGAGCAGCAGGGGGGGUGCGCAGCUGAGCAUGCCACGAAGAACGUCGACAUCCCCGAAAGCAGCAUCAGCGGUAUCAGCACUUCUCCAGCAGAUCCGAUACUCUCGAAAUUCGAACUCCUCCCGCCGGAGCUUCUGCUAUGCGUCAAGGGUCUCUUGGGGGAUAGAGAUGCCAUCCACUUGGGUAUGUGCAGCCAGACUCUGCGGAAGAAGGUCACCCAGUCUCCCCGCACAGAGGAGCUGAAGAAGGCUAGUGUUUCCGCCCCGGCUCAAAGCCCACUAGAAACGGUGAUCAUCUGGCUCGGCAUCUUCCACCCCGAGAUCGAAAUCCUGCGCCUCACGGGUCUCAUCCUACGCGACUGCACCCAAUCCCUCCAAGAGCCACCCCCAUCUGAGAAGACUAGAGUUGCUCUCCUCAAGACCCUGGUCAAGGCCCAGAAGGCCCAGCUGCGCCUGGACGAGGAGUCGUUGCGCCGGCUGCGGGAGCUGCUGCAGGUGAACCAGCGCCAGAGCGCGCAGCUCGACGAGAUCAUUCGACUUCUGAAGGCGGCUCUAGACGGCCGAGACACAGCCUCGGAGGUUGGGGAAGUUAGAUAGCUUUCAUUUGGGGCGGGGGGAU